ACUGGCCUGUCCUUCGCUCGCUCCUCUUGCAGUAGAAAAAUACAGGAGCGGCCGAGCGGGACCAGAUCUCUGCAUGGUAGAGAAAGCAACAGCAAAUAUGGAGUGGCAUCGGUACUUGUUCUUUCCGUUUCCCAAAAGAAAAAAAACCCUGUUUCAGGCCAACCAACCAGCUGCCCUGCCGGCGCGAUUUCUCUUUCUUUCUCCUCCCCCACCGAGCGCCGAUCUCUGUUUCGCCCUAUCGCAGGAGGCGACAUGCAACAGUGGAGUCGCUGACCAGGGAGGGGAUGUGACUGUGAAAGGCUGCUGCAGCUGGCCAUGCGAUUUCAGAUUUCCCAUUCACAACAAUUCACCCCACCCAUCGUGCACAUGAUCCUACUGUUGUGCACACUGAUUGAUGAGAACUGUAGUGGCUUUGUCCUCUACCCACCACCACCACCACCAAUAGCAGGCCCUUUUAUACAUUGGCCAUGACACCGAUGAUCACUCCAAACAGCAGCUGCAAAGAUCACCCUGGAUUCCUGGAGCACGGAGAGAGAGCCGAGCGAGCAGCUGUCGGCACUUGGGAGUGGCACUGUGGAAUCUGGAGAACCUAGGUAGAAAAUCAAGCAAAGCAUCUCCCACUCCAAGCAGUAGCACCAACACCCCCCUGCAUUCAGCGCUGCCAGCUUUCACAUAAACAAGUUGGGGAAGCAGUUGAGGUUUUCUAAUUCUUCUUGGAAGGAUUGAGAUCUCCAGUUCUGAUAAUGGGUUCUUUUGGGAUGAACUGGAAUCAGAAGGACCCCAUGGUGUGGGAUUGGGAACAUCUAGUACCGUCUGUCUCAAAUGCAGUUACAAGGCACGGAUCUGCUAAUUCAUCUGGUGGUACUCUUACUUCUAACUCAGAGCUAGGGCAUGGUUCAUCCAAGAGCUCUAUUUCAGCGUCCAUUGAUUCACCCUCUGGAGUAGGGAACAGCUUAGAGUUCAACUUCGCCGCUGUUGAGAGGCAUGUUAAGAACACGGGCACGAACGGCAGAGUCGAUGACUCGGGGAAUUCUCCAUCGUCAAUGAUAGCUUUCAACCAAGGAGAGCCAUUAAUCAGCCUGAAACUUGGGAAGAGGGCUUACUUCGAAAACGCCUGCGGAGGACAGGAUGCCAAGGUUUCUGCAGCUUCAGACGUUACUUCUGCAGCCAGCGUGGUCAAGAAGACUAAGGUGUCUCAGCAGAAUGCAAAGAACUGGUACUGUCAGGUUGAAGGGUGCAAAGUUGACCUGUCUUCUGCUAAAGAUUACAAUCGCAAGCACAAGGUCUGUGUAGUCCAUUCUAAAGCUACCAAGGUGGUUGUUGCUGGUCUAGAGCGUCGGUUUUGUCAACAGUGUAGCCGUUUUCAUGGUUUAGCGGAGUUUGAUCAGAACAAACGAAGCUGUCGUAGGCGUCUGAUGCAUCAUAAUGCACGGAGGAGGAAACCUCAGGCAGACACAAUUUCAUUCAAUUCAUCGACAAUGUUUUAUGAUACAAGGCAGCGGACAAAUCUUUUCUUUAGUCAACCACUUUAUGGCCAAGUGAGGAGCAAUGCAGGGUCUUCAUGGGAUAACUUGGGAGGCUUAAAAUUCAUGGAGACGAAACAUCCGCCAGUGCAUCCAACAAAAACAGCAUCCCCUGAUGAACUGCAUUUCUCAGCCCUCCAGAUAACUAGUGCUGCGGCUCACACCGGACAUCAUCAUGAUCUCGAUGGGUUCAUGGCGUUCAAGGGAACCAGCACAAAGGUCCUUAACCAAGGCGUGGAGGCUUGGGCGGCCGCUUCCAGCUCGAACAACGGAGGCCCAGAAGGUGGGCGUGCUCUCUCUCUUCUGUCAGACGGCUCGUGGGGCUCGAGUUCAGCCGUCAUCCAGCAGCCCACAUCUCACGCGGACGCCGGUGCAUUGCUGCCGCCCCUCGCCACCGUUGCCGUCUCCAACGCCGCCGCCGCCGCCGGGCAUCCUCUGGACCCGUCCCCGGGAAGGUUCUGGCCGCAAGACGAUCAUCCCCCGCUCGUCGACGGACCCGCCACGCAGAUUCCGGAGCUGGCGCACCUCCGGAUAUGGUGAAAGGAAACGCAUGUGAUGCGGUGACUGGUGACAUGCCAGUUCGAGGGCCUGGCUGGGAACACAUCUGGUUGGUUAGCCUGCCGCUCUGGCUUGAAUUUGCCGGCGACGACAGUCUUUGUUUGUAUCUUUUGAUCAGAACGGACACAGACAUGUUUGCACAAUAUAAUGUGACGAGUCCCUCUUUGGGGUUGAGGAGUGA